UAAGUAUGAUUUGGGUACUGACACAUAAUUGUUGUGAUUUCUAGGGAAGAUUAUUUUCGUCUGGCAUAUUUCAGGGAGGCCCCAGGGGGAAAGCUGAUGUAACCUGAGCCUUGGAGCCUCUGGGGGAUUUACUCGUGGAACUGACCUUGCAGUAUGAGGAGGGAGCUAAAACUUGUUGACCGCAGGCCAUGUGCCAAGCACAAGCUGAGUAGUUGACAUAUACUGUCUCCUGGAUCCCCAACCACCAAGCCAAAGAGCUUCAGCCCGCCGUCCUUAGCUUCAAGCUUUCUAAAGGGGCCUGGCCUGACAGUGACGUGAAAGAUAGACACAGGGUCAGGAUUGUGUAUAAAAGUGAGCUAGCUGGGAACUUUGGAGCCCCUUCCUCGAAUCUGCUCCCACCACAGUGUUCCUCAGGAUUCUUUGGCUUGUGUAGGAGUGUCGUUGCUCUAGAGCUUUUUAGCAUAUUUGGCUGUCAGAGAGGCAGGGCCUGGCAACAGCCAGCCAAACCAUGGGGAGAGAAGUUCUGAGAAGAAGCCGGCAAACUGCAGCACAUGCUUAGCUAGGAAGAGCAUGGUCUCCUGUUAUGUGGUCUAGAGUAAUUCAACAAUAUGGCACCUUUCACAGCCUCUUCAUUGGGUCCUCACAGCACAUCUUAUGACCUCCUUGGUGAAGCUUCUCACCCUCCUGCUGAAUUAGAUGCUCCCGUUCCAGUCUUUUGUAGCAGAGACUGAACUUCCAUUCUGGAUUUUUAGUAUGGUUUUAAUGUCACCUACCCAAUGGAGUGGAACAGUUCUCUGGAAGCUUGCUCCAGGAGCCCUCAUCCUCGGACUCUGGAUGUCAUGAUAAGGCCUCUGUUGACUGUGGCUGUGGGACACAGGCUGACUGGAACAAAGAAGCUUCCAGAAGAGGGAUAUGAAUGAGGAAGCUUCAACUGUGAGGCCCCGGAGAUGGCUGGGCUAAGUAUGCUUGUAUUUCCAUGGUCAGUGAGAUGAAGGAGAGGCAGGUGGCAAACUGAAGGACUUUGGCUGGGCAGAGGCCAGUGGAUAACUCCCUGUGGCUGGAAAACAGCAACCUUGGGAUUCCUCUGAGACUUCAGUUCACAAGCUUCACUGCUGAGUUGAAGAGCCUUGUGGUUUCAAAAACAACUCUCCCUCAACAAGUCCUGUUUGCAAGGAAAACCUUACCCAUUUGUCCCUUCUGGCGUGCCUUCUUCCAUUGAGAUCCAUGCAGAAUAGACCAGAGAUGGGCAGCAGUGAGCCCCUUCCCAUCGUGGAUAGUGACAAGAGGAGGAAGAAGAAGCGCAAGACCCGGGCCACCGACUCUCUGCCAGGAAAGUUUGAAGAUGUGUACAAGCUGACCUCUGAAUUGCUGGGAGAGGGAGCCUAUGCCAAAGUCCAGGGUGCUGUGAGCCUGCAGACUGGCAAAGAGUAUGCUGUCAAAAUCAUCGAGAAGCAGGCAGGGCACAGUCGGAGCCGGGUGUUCCGUGAGGUGGAGACGCUGUAUCAGUGUCAAGGGAACAAGAACAUUUUGGAGCUGAUUGAAUUCUUUGAAGAUGACACACGCUUUUACUUGGUCUUUGAGAAAUUGCAAGGAGGUUCCAUCCUAGCGCACAUCCAGAAGCGGAAGCACUUCAACGAGCUAGAGGCCAGCAGAGUGGUGCGGGAUGUUGCCACUGCCCUUGACUUCCUACACACUAAAGGCAUUGCUCACCGUGAUCUGAAGCCAGAAAAUAUAUUGUGUGAAUCUCCCGAAAAGGUGUCUCCCGUGAAAAUUUGUGACUUUGACUUGGGCAGUGGAGUGAAACUGAACAACUCCUGCACACCCAUAACCACACCAGAGCUGACCACUCCGUGCGGCUCUGCAGAGUAUAUGGCACCUGAGGUGGUGGAGGUCUUUAGGGACGAGGCCACUUUCUAUGACAAGCGCUGUGACCUGUGGAGCCUGGGCGUGGUCCUCUACAUCAUGCUGAGUGGCUACCCCCCCUUUGUAGGUCACUGUGGGGCUGACUGUGGCUGGGACCGGGGAGAGGUAUGCAGGGUGUGCCAGAACAAGCUUUUUGAGAGCAUCCAGGAAGGCAAAUAUGAGUUUCCUGACAAGGACUGGGCUCACAUCUCCAACGAGGCCAAAGACCUCAUCGCUAAGCUUCUGGUUCGAGAUGCAAAGCAAAGACUCAGCGCUGCCCAAGUUCUGCAGCACCCAUGGGUACAAGGGCAAGCUCCAGAAAGGGGACUCCCCACGCCGCAAGUCCUCCAGAGAAACAGCAGCACCAUGGACUUGACACUCUUCGCAGCUGAGGCCAUUGCCCUUAACCGCCAGCUGUCCCAGCAUGAGGAGAAUGAACUGGCUGAAGAACAUGAGGCCCUCGCUGAGGGCUUCUGCUCCAUGAAGCUGUCCCCUCCAUCCAAAUCUCGCCUGGCACGAAGGCGAGCCCUGGCCCAGGCUGGACGAAGCAGAGAUGCAGACCCAUGUUCAACACCAGCGGGGCUCUGAACCACUGCAGGUGCACCUUGUAGGCCUGUCCAGGCGGCGCCCCUGAAAACCUGUGAGGUCAAAGCGUGAAGCAGGCAGAGGACCUGCCCUGCAGCCCCAGGCAGGCCUUCUCCAUCCACAAAGGCCCCCUCGGUUCCCACCCAUCCCCCAUUUCCCUUGGGUCCUUAGAGGAGAACGCUUUUUCCAAAGGGGUUGUCUUUGAAAAGGAAAGCAAUCACUUGUCACUUUACAUAAUCGCCUGCAGCAGGAACAGCUCUUCAUUGGGCUCCAAUUGCUCCCUGUGUCCAGAUCCGGGAUCCAGCUCUUGGUGGGGGCUGCUGAGGCCGCAGCCUUCUGGGAGCCAGCUUCCAGGAGCUGACAGAGGCGGCCAACACACGUGCCUCCUUUCUCGGCACUGUCACCUUCUUGUGGCCAUCCUCCCACCUUCUUCUGUCCUACAGACGUCCUCUCUGCCUGUCCGCUUCCUGGCUGAGCAAAGCCAUCCCCUCAAUUCAGGAAGGGCAGGAAGCCAGAUCAGUCUUCCAGUCUGUGGUACAGAGAAGCACAUAAUCUUUCUUUGCCGUGACCGAAAUGUGUUCCUCAUUUAUCAACCUCUUCCAUGUUUGGGAUUGCUGCUAAAGUCAGUAUUAUUUCUCUUUUUAAAAAUAUGUUUGCUUUUUAAACUGUGCUCUUCCAGCAAUCAUAGAACUUCAAACUCCCACUGCAAGCACAUAGAUUUCCCCAAGCAAGAUAUCCUUGCACUUGGGAUUUAAUCCCCUUUUCCCCACAGAACCAACUGAUUUUAAGCUGCUACUAUGAUGAAAACUUUUAAAAUGGUGUCUUCCUGUCUUUAUCUGCUGCUGCCUUCUCCCAGAACAUUUGUGGAGAGAGGUACAAAUGCAGGGCAGUUAGACUGCUGUGUCUGAGGUGGAGGCCCGCUGCCCUGAGGAAGGCUGUGACCAGUGCCUCAGACUCCAAGGCACAGCCAUUGUCAGAUACACUGUGGAGUCGCAUAAAGAAAACAGAUUUGCAUAUGUGACAUACAACAUUGGUCAACCACAGUCCCCAAAAUUCUCUCAUAACUUGUGCUUGUUUUAAUAAAUAAUGUCAAAAUCCUG